GGAGGAACCGCAGACCUCAGACCAGCCCACCUCACCUCACCGUCCGCUCUGACUGCUCCCUGUGCCCGUGAACGAAUCCGACCUCGGAUCAGCUCAGCACACUCAACACCGACUGGAGCUGAGACCAGACCAGGAGGGGGGGGGGACCGUGUUCAGCCAAGUCUGAACGCCAAGACACAUCCACACAGAAGCGGAGCACUGCGAGGGAAAGGGACGGUGUGAGGAGAAGGAACCACUGGGAACACUGGUGGGAACAACAGCCGGGAUUCAGGCACUUUUUCAGCGGCAGGGAGAAGCGAGCACUCACCGGCCCCCCGUGGAAGCAGAAGGAGAAGUAACACGCCGAGCUAAUUCCCAACAUUUUCUAUCACUGGCGGCCACAUUUAUAAAGACAGAGCUAGCGGAAUGUAAUGCUAGCACGCUAGCUAAUGGUAGCUAGCUAAUUAGCUUCAUCCAAGAGUCAGUCGGACGUUUGAUCUUUAUCACAAACAGGUCACUGCUCUGCCUUGAUUUACUUUUUUAUUUCAUUUAAUGGGAAAGCCAUAAAUAGUGGGAGUGUUUUUUUUUAUAACCUUGGUGUGGUCAUAAUGUUCAGUCUCGAAUAGCAAAAGAAAAGUAAGACAAUAAAGAGAGGAAAGCCGUUAUUGGGGGAAAUUAGCUAAAAAAAACGGAUAAAUCACAAACAGACUUUUUAGUAGAGACUGCCUGCCGUCCGAUGUUAAUGUCGACCGACGUUGCUUCUAUAAUGCUGCCCGUUAGUCGGGGGAUAAUGGACCGAGAAAGGGACAUUGACACAGCCGCCGGACCCCUCACGAACCCGGCCGGGGGGCCAGCAGCUGUCCGGGGGAUGAAGCGAGGAGACCCGGAGCCGGACGCUCAGACAGCCGCUGCCCUGACUGACCUGCCCGGGGCGGAGUGCAAGAGACCGAGGAUAGACGGGACCGGGGGUGUUGUUGUGGGUGACAUUGGACAGAACAAUGAGCCGUUAAACCCUGGUUUCCAUGGAUACCCACCUCACAGUCAGGGCUCUCAGGAUUCGACAGGAGGACAGGAGGGAUUGGUGGCCCCACCCUUCUCAGCGUUCCCCCCUCCACCGCCUCCUCAGAACGGGCUGCCAGGAACGGAGUUUGUCCCCGGGGCCAUGUUUGGUGCCGGGGGCCAGGGGACCACGGAUGUAGGGGCCGGUGCAAACGGAGCCAGCACAACUCCCCCCACCAUCAAUAACGUAAAGGCAGAUGAGGUGUCCCAGGGCGAGGUGGGCGUGCAGUGCAGUUCAGGAGGCACGGGAUCAGUCGGCUCGGCGGACGACCCCUCAGAGGCUAAAGGGACCCCGAAACGCCUCCACGUCUCAAACAUCCCCUUCCGCUUCCGGGACCCCGACCUCAGGCAGAUGUUCGGGCAAUUUGGGAAGAUUCUGGAUGUCGAGAUAAUUUUCAAUGAGAGAGGUUCAAAGGGUUUUGGCUUUGUGACAUUUGAGACCAGCGCAGACGCAGAGAAAGCCCGAGAAAAGCUGCACGGCACGCUGGUGGAAGGUCGUAAGAUCGAGCUGCAGCCGCAGCAGCAACAUAACCGCUGUCAGCCGUGGCAGCUCCACAAUGAAUCACCAAAUGUCUGCUGGGUGAACAACGCCACCGCCAGAGUCAUGACCAACAAGAAAAUGGUCAGCCCCUACCCCAACGGAGAGGCCCUCAGCACACUGCCUUAUGCAGGGUGGAAGCUGAGUCCUAUGAUGGGGGCGGUGUACGGACCCGAGCUGUACGCAGGCUCAACGUUUUCCUCCUUUAACUCUCCAUCUUUAGUCCCCGGGUUCCCUUACCCGUCUGCAGCAGCAGCAGCCACCACAGCAGCUGCGGCGUUUCGCGGCGCCCACCUCCGGGGUCGAGGCCGACCCGUGUACAGCGCAGUGCGGGCCGCUGUGCCUCAGCCCGCCAUCCCUACCUACCCCGGUGUGGUGUAUCAGGAUGGGUUUUACGGAGCUGCAGACUUAUAUGGAGGCUAUCCUGCAGCUGCUGCCGCCGCCGCUGCUGCCUAUCGCUAUGCUCAGCCCGCCGCUGUAACCGGAGCAACCGCCGCUGCUGCUGCCUACAGUGACAGUUAUGGCCGUGUACCCUACCACGCUUUAAGUCCAGCUGCUGCUGCUUACGGAGUCGGAGCCAUGGCGAGUUUAUACCGGGCGGGAUACAGCCGGUUCGCUCCGUACUAAAAAAACCACAAACCACACCCGAGGAAUCUCACAUCGCUCCAAAACACCUCCCCCUUUUUUAUUUUUUAAAGCUCUUUGUUUGGCAGCAGCUCCUCUUCAUGUCCCUGCAGACGGACUUCAGCCACCGCUCCUCUCCCUCUCUCUGUCUCUCUCUCUCUCUCUCUGUCUCUCUCUCUCUCUCUCUCUCUCUCUCUCUCUCUCUGUCUCUCUCUCUGUCUCUCUCUCUCUGUCUCUCUCUGUCUCUCUCUCUCUCUCUCUCUCUCUCUCUCUCUCUCUCUGUCUCUCUCUCUCUCUCUCUCUCUCUCUCUCUCUCUCUCUCUCUCUCUCUCGUUCGCCCCAUCAUCUGUUCCUGAGCUCUUCUCUGGGGGAAACACAAACUGCCACGAGCGUCUCAAAAAAAGCUGCAGCGGGAAACUUCCAGCUGCGAAAAAUGAACAAGAAGGAGAGAGAGACGCUGCUCGCCCACUCUAAACUUCUUCUUCUUCUUCUUCUUCGUGUUCCUGAACUGUCCGUCACACAUCAACGUUCUCCUUCUGUUUCCGCCCGCUUCACUUUAAAUGGUACUCAUAUUUACAAACACUACAUCCAAUGAAAGCUGCAGAGUCCCGCCCCCUAAAGAUGCACAAACCAAUGGGAUUCGCCGGAGCGGAGGACGGCGUGCAUCAGGACGUCGAGCUGGAGCGAACCGACAACAAACUGAACGCAGCACGGGAUCACGUCUCUCUUUGUGUCAUUUUUAAACCCCCCCCCCCCGAACUACAGUUACUAAAAGGAGAAACUAAAAGUGACUCUUUCUUCAUUACCUCAGUUUUUCUGUCUUUGCUGCCAAUCAGAAGAAGCUGCGAGCGAGAUCGAGUAGAAAGUGUCCAUUUCAGAGAAGAAGAAGCCGUUCAUCAGUCCCGUCUGCUGCUCCACAUAUUCCCCCCCGUAUGACUGUAACUGCAACACUAAAACAGGAAGUGGAUCAGUGUGUCCCGCCUCUGAUCCGACCCUGUGCCCCCCCCCCCCUAAAUUCUCGAUCCUGAACCGUCUCACAUUCCAGCAGCAGCGAAGGAAACCGGCUCAGAUGGACAAAGAACCCAGAGGAGCUCCAAACAGAACCAUGAACCCGCUCAGAUCUGCAGCGGGGAGGACCCGAUCAGCUCGCCAAAACGAGGACGCCCUCCUCCUGGAUCGAGUCCUUACCGCCGCUCAGACUGAUCAGGAAGUAAACAAACGUGACUGCUAUCAUGUACCGGGAGUCUUUGAUCAUUUUCUAUUUAUACUCCUCAUUUUUAAAGAGACAGGACCCCGUCUGAAGGUGUCAUCGUUUUAAAGCGUCCUCACGGCGCUCUGGGAUCGUUCAGGCUUUUUAAAGUUUGGUGUGAAGGCGUCAUGAGACGGGCGAGUCCUGUAUGUACCACGUCUCCAUUUACUCUCACUACGUCGUUCUUUUUUGACUUGUUUUUGGUUCCAAAGAUUUUCAGAAGCACAUGUUUUGGUCCUGAUGUAUUUCAUAUUCUUUUUGUGGUUGUGUUUUUGUUUCUCUGCUUUUUGCUUUGUUGUGUUUUUUGUUUUUUUUGCCGCUGUAUCGGUCGGUGCCGUGUUUAAACAGCACUCUGGGAAAUGGCACUAAAAGCAGC